UACAUGUGCAGCCAACAAGUAAAUAGCCAUAUUUUUUUUAAUAUAGACAGUAGUGUGUGAAUAUGUACUACAGUAAAGUACCUUGUAACAUUAUGACUCAAGUUUUUUUAUUGUAGUAAGCAGUAAGUGUGUAUUCAAAGUGGCAUGGAUGAUCUAGAGGUGAGUUCCCCUGCAGUAGGAGAGUUAGAAGCAACAUUUAAUAAAGCUGCAACUCACCUUCAAGCUUUAACUGCUAAUCUUGCCCAGGACAAGCUUCUGUUCUUUUAUGCUCGCUAUAAACAAGCCUGUGAAGGGUCCUGUAAUACCCCAAAACCUGGCUUCUUUGAUUUUAAAGGCAAACUGAAAUGGGAGGCAUGGAAAAACCUCGGAGAUAUGAAGAAAGAUGAUGCCAUGAGGGAGUAUGUGAGUGCCAUUGCUGACAUUGAUCCAGAUUGGGAACUUAAAGUGGAUGUGGAUGGUGGUUCAAAAACCAGCUGGAUGAGAGUUUCCAGCUUCCAGCCUGAAAAGGAUGACGUUAGAGAAGAAGACAAAAAUUCUUUUGAUUGGGUUAAAGAAAAUAAUAUUCAUAAAAUUCAAAGUCUUGAUUCUAACUCCAUAGUAGAGAGGGAUGAGAAUGGUAUGACACUCUUACACUGGGCAGCCGACAGAGGACAUACAGAAAUUGCUAUGUGUCUUCUAGAAAAAAAGAUAAAUGUCAAUAUGCAGGAUGCAGAAGGACAGACUGCACUACACUAUGCAGCUUCCUGUGGUCACUUGAACAUCAUCAGAGUCCUCUUAGACCACGGGGCUGAUCCCACCAUCCAAGAUUCCGAUGGCUUGCGAGCUGAAGAAUGUGUUGAAGAUGAGACUGUCAGAAGUCUAUUUAAAGCACUGUAAUUAUCUUGUCAGUAGUCUUGCCAUUUUUAUGGAGUGGACAAUGGGGUUAAUAGUUAAGCACAAUGUGUUGUGUAUGGUAAGGAUCAUUUUGUCAUUCAGUGCAUUUUUAUAUGCAGUUAUGUAUACUGUAUUAGAUUAAUUUGAAUGGUCAGAGACCACAUGCACAUACCAAUACUGUAAAUACCUGAUUCCAAUUGGUGAAGACAAUUUAAAGUAUCUAUC